UACCCAUUCAACACAAACGCAAGUCUCUCGUUGUUUAAACGCACUCAACCUGCGUCUCAGUAUGAGAGAAUACCAUGGCUUCUCUUGGUGGUAACAUUUUGCCCCCGGAUGUCGGGGUCAAGCUCAUAUUUUCUACUCUGGGAUUGGUGCUAUGCACUACCCUCGGCCUCUCCAGGUUUAUUAAUAACAAGACCGAAGACGAGACCCCGGGUCUCGUCCGCGCGUUCCUGCUAUUCUUCUACUCGUGCUUUGUCAAGCCGCACCAGGCGGGUGACAAGGGCACCCAGCAGGAUGCGCUCGAGUCCUUCUACAAGAAGCAGGCGGGUGUCUACGAUGUGACACGCAAGGCCCUUCUUCAGGGCCGCGAGGACAUGCUGGCGCUCGCUGCUGCGCAGCUCAACCACAAGGCUGCCAUGCAGCAGCCCACCAGGGGCAAGGGCAAAAGCCCCGAGAAGAGGAUCUGGGUAGAUAUUGGUGGCGGUACGGGAUGGAAUAUCGAGGCUAUGAACCGCUUCGUCAAAGUCCCAGAGUACUUCUCCAGCGUCUACCUCGUUGACUUCUCGCCCUCGCUGUGCGAGGUUGCCACUCGCCGCUUUGCCCGACUCGGCUGGACCAACGUCAAGGUCGUCUGCGAAGACGCUAGGCGGUUCCGUCUCGAGGACCACGAGCGUAGCUCCAGGGGCUCCAACCCUUAUGGCGCCGACCUUCUCACCAUGUCCUACAGUCUGUCCAUGAUUCCUGACUUCUACUCCGUCAUCGACUCCCUCCGAGCGCUGCUCGCCCCCGAUGGGUUCAUUGGAGUCGUCGACUUUUACGUCCAGUCCAAGGCAGACUUUAGCUUUCGCAACUACACAGGAGGCCUGCUGGGCCGCCACACUGGGUACCCUAGCAGGACAUUCUGGCGCGCUUGGUUUGACCUCGACAAGGUGAACCUCGAGCCAGCGCGGAGAGACUACUUGGAGUACCUCUUUGGGACGGUUCUCAGCGUGAACUUCCGUAACCGUGCUCUUGGUUCGAUCCCCUACCACAUCUGGGUUGGCCGCCAAAAGCCGGUGCGCCUCGGCGAAUCUUCCGAAGUGACGAAUGUGCCCGACGGGAUUCCUUGUGCCGACGUUGCCGUCAGCCCCAAAGCCCACCAGGUUGCAAUCCGGAACCGGGACGCAGGUCUUCCUCUCCCUUCUUUCUUCUACCAGAACCACCCGUGGCGCAUCUACUAUGACGACCAAGAGCAGAAGCACCUGCAGUUCGGGGACGAGUACAUCUACGCCUUCACAUGGGAGGACACACGCGUCGACGAGCGGCUCCUCAAACUCACGUCUGAUGAUGUGGUCCUGGCAAUCACCAGCGCAGGCGAUAAUGUCCUAUCGUACGCCCUUCAGUCCCCUGCCAAGAUCCACGCAGUCGACCUCAACCCGAACCAGAACCACCUGCUCGAGCUCAAGCUCGCGUCCUACUCGGCGCUGCCGUACGAAGACUUUUGGAAGAUCUUCGGCGAAGGCAAGCACCAGGACUUCCGCGCCCUGCUGAUUAGCAAGCUCUCGCCGCACCUCUCCAGCCGCGCGUUCCAGUACUGGCUCGCCAAGUCGCACGUCUUCACCAGCAGGCGCGGCAGGGGCCUGUACGACACGGGCGGCUCCAAGCACGCCAUCCGCGUCUUCCGCUGGGUCUCGCACGCGUUCGGCUGCCGGUCGGCCGUGCGCGCGCUGCUCGAGGCCAAGACGCUGAACGAGCAGCGCGAGAUCUGGGCCUCGCGCAUCCGCCCCGCCCUUCUCUCGCGCCUCGUCAGCGGCCUCGUCGUCAGCUCCGAGACGUUCCUCUGGUCCGCCCUCGGCGUGCCCAAGCACCAGCUCGCCAUGCUCGUGGCGGACCACGCCGAGUCCGAGGCUGUCCGGUCCGGCCGGGCGGCCGACACGCGCGCGGGCGCCGUCUGGCAGUUCAUGGCAGACACGCUCGACCCCGUGGCGCGCGAGACGCACAUCGCCGACGACAACCCCUACUACCGCGUCACCCUCGCCGGGCGCUUCUCGCCCCGCUGCCACCCGGACUACCUGGCGCCGCGGGCGCACGCGCGGCUCUCGCGGCCGGGCGCCCUGGCCGGCGUCCGCCUGCACACGGACGAGCUGGAUGUGGUGCUGGGCGGCCUGGCGCCCGGGUCGCUGACCGUGGCCGUCGUCAUGGACAGCAUGGACUGGUUCGACCCCGUCGCCGACCGCGCGGCCGCGGCGGCCCAGGUCUCGAGGCUCAACCGCGCCCUCCGGCCCGGCGGGAGGGUGCUGCUGCGGUCGGCGGGGCUCAAGCCCUGGUACGUGGCCGAGUUCGCGGCGCUGGGGUUCACGCCCAGGCGGGUCGGGGCGCGGCGCGGCGGGAGUGGCGGGAGUGGCGGCGAGGCCGACUGCAUCGACCGGGUCAACAUGUACGCGUCAUGCUGGGUCAUGCAGAAGACGGGGAACCUGCCGCCGCCGACGCCGACCAUGGAGGUGGCGGGGGGCGCCUCGGUCGCCGGUCUUUCCUUGCCGUGAAAUAACAGGGGGGAAGAUGGUGGGAGCGACGGGAAAGGGAUGGAAAAAUGGG